CUGAAUGAAAAACAAAACACUUAAAAAAAUAUAUCAAACAAUUAUUGUCCUUUUUUUGGUUUUUGAAUUUUGAUCUUGAAGGAGUUAUAAUGGAGAUUAUUGAAGGAAAUGAUGAAGAGAUUGAGUUAAGUUUAGGGUUAUCAAUUGGUGGUGGUAGAAGUUUUAAGAAAUUUGAGAAACCAAAUCAAGAGAAAUCAUCAUUAACAUUUGAUAUGAAAUUUCUUGAAAAUGAUAGUAAUGGGUUAGAUCUUGAGAAAAGGAAGAGGGAGAUUCAUAAAAUGAGAAGGCAAGAAGCUAGAAAGAAGAGAGAAAUUAAAAAGAAUGGUGGUAGAGAGAAAUUGAUGAACAGAGCAGAACAAGAUGAAGAUGAUGAUCAAGUUGAACAGACCAGCAGCUUCAAGAAAUUGAAACCUGAAAAUGAAGAAGAAAAAGGUUUAUAUCCUGUGAUGCUGCCAUCAUCAAUGCAAUAUGGUUAUCAUCAUCAACCUUUGCUUAAUCCUUUUAGUAAUGGGUUUGGUGCUUUUCCUGCUGCUUAUCAAAUGAUGCCAUUUUGGGUUCCUCCUCCACCACCACCACCUACUUCCACUUCUUCUUCUUCUCCUGAAACUGCUGUUGUUGUUGAUGAUAAAAAUGUGGUUCAACCAAUUGUUUGUAAACCUUUCAUCAGAGCUUUUCAGUUUUCAGAUACUCCAAUUGAUAAAGUUUCUGAUGAUGGAGUCAAAACUAGAGACUCUGAUUCUUGUGGAUCUGCUGUUAUUUCUGAUCAUCAAAUAUCAUCUCAAAUUGAUAACGAUACGAGUACUCCUCCUCCAUUAAAUCUACCUCAACUUCAUGAAUCAAACAAUGUACAGCAGGUUCAAUCUGAAAACAUUACUGCUACUUCUCAUCCACCACAGAUAUUAACCAUAGGUAUCAAGCAAGACACACCAAAUUCAAACAAGAUCAUAGCAUCAUCCAAUAUUACUCAAUCUAACCUUAGCUGCAGCAAAUCAGGUGAAGAACCAACACCAAUACCUAGCUCUGUUCCUAUAAUUAUUAACACAUCUAAGACAGAAUUCCCACCACAAAACUUACCACCUCUUCAACAAUCGAAGUGUGCUAAUGGGGAUAGUCACAAGCCACCGAUACCGAGGGUUCCUCAUCAAUCAAAGGGAUCUAAUGAGGAUUGUAAUAUGAAGCCUCCAUUACCACUCUCACCCAAGAAGGUGGUGGUCACUGAUCAUGUAGAAACUAACCAGUUGAAAAAGGUUACUACUACUAAUGAAGAAGAAACUAACAAAUCUCCUAAAGCAGCAACACAAGUUCCGCAAAUCAAAUCCCUGCCGAAAAUGCCGUGCGUUUCGACUGUUGGUGAUGGACCUGGUGGGAAAACCAUUACAGGGUUCUUGUACAGGUAUACCAAUGCAGAAGUUAGCAUAGUGUGUGUUUGCCAUGGAAGCUCAUUUUCUCCAGCUGAAUUUGUGAAGCAUGCGGGAAGAACUGAUGUUUCUCAACCCUUGAAACACAUAACUGUGCUUCCAUCCCCAUUCGGCUGAUAAGCAUAUAUUACUGUAACCUGUUGUCUUCUUUUAGGUUUUUUGACAUCUAAUUUUGUUUCUCCCUUUUGUUAUGGAUCUGGGUCUUGUUUAAAUGUAUUUAUCUUAUGCAUUAUAAAAGGGAAGAAUUAGUUUUUGCUC